AUGGCGCAAAACCUGUCAUUUGGAGCCGACAACUUUUUCCGCAGCGAGUUUGUGGGCAUCCAGCCCAUCACUUUCCAAACCAUUUACAACACCACCAUCGUUGGACACCUUUUCGUUCCCAACAACAUCAGUGCCAGUGCCAACUACCCAGCUAUCGUGGUAGGCCAUCCCAAUGGCGCUGUCAAGGAACAGAGCGCUGGUCUUUAUGCUGGUAAGCUGGCCGAGCAGGGCUUCAUCGCCAUUACACUUGACCUUCCCUUCUUUGGUCGCAGUGAAGGCCUCCACAACUUGGUGUCGCCCGACUUCUUCACAGAGGCCUACAGCGCUGCAGUUGAUCAUCUUGGCACCUACAACUUCGUUGACCGCGAGCGAAUUGGAGCUCUUGGCAUCUGCGGCAGUGGUGGCUAUGUCAUCAGCGCCGCUAAGAUUGACUCGCGUAUCAAGGCUGUCGCCACAUCGGCCAUGUACGACAUGGGCACUGUCACUCGUCACGGAUUAGAAAAUUCUCGCAAGGAGCUCAUCGCGCACGCGUCGCAGCAGCGCUGGGUUAGACUGGCUGGAGGCGAAGUAGAUAUCGGCGCGGGAACUCCUAGUGAAAUUAAUGAGGACUCUUCUGAAAUUGUCUUGGAGUUUUACGACUAUUAUCGUACCAGUCGUGCCGAGUUCACACCAGAGGGAUGGCAGCGCAACCAGACCACUAACCGACCGAUUGAUGCUGAGAUCAAGCACAUCAACUUUUACCCCUUCAACGACCUCAAUCUCAUCUCGCCUCGUCCUCUUCUCAUUGUUUCGGGCACCAAGUCCCACUCGCGCGAAUUUAGUGAGAACGCGUACGAAGCCGCCUCUGAGCCGAAGGAGCUGUACUGGGUCCCAAAUGCUGGUCACGUUGACCUGUAUGACCGCGUUGAUCUCAUUCCCUUCUCCAAGUUCAUCGAUUUCUUCCGCCGGGGUCUCGCUAAGAGCGCAUAG